ACGCCGUGCUCCCGCCCCACGCGUGCUCCCGGCCCGGCCCCGCCGCACUACAACUCCCGGGGAGCCCCGCGCCGCGCGUCAGGCGCCCGCGCCGGGCCGGGCCGAGCUUGAGCUGAGUUUAACUGUGCUGGGCCGAGCUGUGCUGAGUUUAACUGAGCUGGGCCGAGCUGCCCCGGGCCGCUCCGCACCGCCGCCAUGCAGAUGUCCUUCUACUUCUCGGACACGGCAGUGCUGCUUUUUGACUUCUGGAGCGUCCACACCCCCACAGGGAUGGCGCUCUCGGUGCUGGUGAUCCUGCUGCUGUCGAUGCUUUACGAAGCCGUCAAGAUGGGCAAGGCCAUGCUGCUGCGGCGGGCGCUGCUGGCUCUGCCCCGCAGCCUCAGCCGGGAGUCGCUGGCGGAGCCGGAGGAGGGGGACACCGGCCCCACGCAGGGCAGGUGGUUUCAGUACCAUGUUGGCCAGACGCUGUUCCACGUGGUGCAGGUGGUGCUGGGCUACAUGGUGAUGCUGGCCGUCAUGUCCUACAACGCCUGGAUCUUCCUCGGGGCCAUCGCGGGCUCCACGCUGGGCUAUUUUGUGGUGUACCCCCUGCUCGGCCGGGGCUAGGCACCCCCCCACCCCCCCGAGAUGGUGGACGAUGCGCUUCACGCCUCCUGCUACUUUGUCUGGAAUAGCUGCUGUCACUUCUGCUGGGUCUGUCGAUGUCCCUGUGCUGCGCGGGACGCAGCACCCCAGGGACUUGCUGCGGGGACCCUCAGAGCUGGCCCGACGUGGGGGGGGGGAGGCGCUGGGGAAGGAGAGCCCCAUGGCCAGCACUGCCACCCGUCCGUGGCUGGUGGCUGUCCCCCGGCUCUCGGGGAGCUUUGGCUGGGUGAUAACAGCAGCGGGAUUCCGGGUAUUUCCUUCUCCCCCCGCUUUUCAGGGGCGGGGUUCAUCCUGGCUGGAACAGGAAUGGUCCAGUGACCUGCUGGGGAAGGGGACGUGCUGGGGACAGGCACCCCUGCCCACAGCUGCCCUGCACCAAGCCCCUUUUCACACAGUGCCUUUUGGGAAUAAUGGGGGUCCUGCUGCACCCCACCGCCCCCCAUACACGCAGCGCUUCAGGGAUGGGGGCAGAGCAGCCCCCGAACCGUCGGUGUGGCCGUGCCGAGGGGAAGCUGCUGCUGUGGGUGCCUCUUGCUGCUUCCUCGGGACAUCCCUUUUAAUAAACUCAGCUGUCGUUCGGC